AUGCUUCCUCCACUUCCCGUCCUCAGCGACUAUGGGAUUUCCCCGGAAUAUGGUUUUCUCCCAGCUGAGUUGCCUCUCGAGAGACUGCCGGACCCCUACUAUAACAAGUGGGAGGCAGUCGUGGCAAAUCUCCAAGGGUUGAUCUUAAGCAAGCGUCUACGCGGGGUCAUUGAUCGACUUCCUAUUCUUUCGACCGCCGGUCUGGAACACGACUCGGAAUGGCGAAGGGCGUAUUCGCUGUUAUGCUUUAUGGCACAUGGCUACAUCUGGGGCGGUGAUAGCCCUUCAGAGCGUCUGCCAGCCGCUAUAUCGAUUCCCCUACUCCAUAUCUCGGACUAUCUUGAGGUUCCGCCAGUAGCGACAUAUGCCGCGGUAUGCUUGUGGAAUUUCAAGCCAUUGUUCGCAGACGAACAUGUCGACAAUCUGGAGAAUCUUGCGACCCUUACGACUUUCACCGGAUCCAUUGAUGAAUCAUGGUUUUACCUGGUUUCAGUAGCCAUCGAAGCUCGAGGAGCUCCGAUUCUACCCCUCAUGCUUACUGCAAUGGAAGCUGUGAGAGUCAAUGACAGCGCAACUGUAAGUGCCUGCUUAAGACGUUUCGCCGAAAGGCUCGAUGAUCUGGGUGGUCUGUUGCAACGUAUGCACGAGGGCUGUGAUCCCCACGUCUUUUACCAUCGUAUUCGCCCGUUUUUAGCUGGGAGUAAGAACAUGGCGGAUGCAGGACUGCCCGAUGGCGUUAUAUACGAAGAUGGCUCGGGCGAACAGCAGUAUAGACAAUACAGUGGUGGUAGCAAUGCGCAAAGCUCCAUUUUGCAAUUUUUCGACAUUGUGCUUGGAAUUACCCACCGUCCUACAGGCGAGAAGAAGGACGCGGCUUCGGAGUCCGAGAAAGAAGGCAUUGCUCCUCAACCAAAGCAUAAUUUCUUGCUCGAAAUGCGCAAAUACAUGCCUGGACCUCACCGCAGGUUUCUAGAAGACAUGACUGGUGUUGCAAAUAUUCGUGAUUAUGUGGAGUCCAAUCGCCGCAACGACGAGUUGACGGCCGCAUAUGAUGCGUGCCUAGCCAUGCUACGUGCAUUUCGCGAUAAGCAUAUUAAUAUUGUCUCACGUUACAUCAUUAUCAAAAGCCGAGAAUCACGCUCGCGGUCUAAGAGUCCGGAGGUGAUACGCAGAAAGGUCAAUAUCGCUACAGGUUCGCGUCAAGACAAGGCAAAGCCUGGCGAAAAGAAGGAUUUGAAAGGCACUGGGGGCACUGCCUUGCUCCCGUUUCUCAAGCAAGCGCGAGACGAGACUGGAGAGCCAACCCUGAACCAAUGGGCAAAACGAGUUGCAAGUCGAGAGUUCAAUUCGAGGGGUAAGGGCGAUUUCUUCCUAGGGAAGGUGGAUGAGGACGAUGGAGUUAUCGUUGAUGUCGGACUUGCCGGCACAUGGACCAUAGAUGACAAUGCUGGUGGUAUUUGCCACUAUUGA